GGGGCGUGGGCGAAGCAGGCUGCUCUCGCCUUGGCUGUAGUGUGUGGGCUGGGGUUGGUGCAGCCUCCCAGCCUGUCCGCACUUAGUCCGUAGUUGGGCUCGCGGCGCUUUUGUGCCCGCGUCUGGCCUCGCUUUGUGUCUGCGAGUUUUUUGCCGUGCCCCCGCGGCGCUCCUCCCGGGCGGGAGCCGUAAGGCUCGGAGGCGACAGCGCGGCCCCCGGCCAGGAGUGAGCGCGGCGGUGUGAGCGGCGGCAGUGAGGCUGCGGGGAAGGGGACUAGUAGAUCCCGGAGAUGCCGGAGUUCCUGGAAGACCCCUCGGUCCUGACGAAAGACAAGUUGAAGAGUGAACUGGUCGCCAACAAUGUGACUCUCCCGGCCGGGGAGCAGCGCAAAGACGUGUACGUGCAGCUCUACCUGCAGCACCUGACUGCACGCAACCGGCCGCCGCACGCCGCGGGCGCCAACAGCAAGGGGCCCCCGGACUUCUCCAGCGACGAGGAGCGCGAGCCCACCCCAGUGCUCAGCUCCGGGCCCUCCACCGCGGGCCGCGGCCGCGCCACCGUCGGCAGGAAAGCAACAAAGAAAACUGAUAAGCCCAGACUAGAAGAUAAGGAUGAUCUAGAUGUAACAGAGCUCUCUAAUGAAGAACUUCUGGAUCAGCUUGUGAAAUAUGGGGUGAAUCCUGGUCCUAUUGUGGGAACAACCAGGAAGCUGUAUGAGAAAAAGCUAUUGAAACUGAGAGAACAAGGACCAGAAUCAAGAUCUUCUACUCCUUUACCAACAAUUUCCUCAUCAGCAGAAAAUACUAGGCAGAAUGGAAGUAAUGACUCUGACAGAUACAGUGACAAUGAAGAAGACUCUAAAAUAGAGCUCAAGCUUGAGAAGAGAGAACCACUAAAGGGCAGAGCAAAGACUCCAGUAACACUCAAGCAAAGAAGACUUGAGCACAACCAGAGCUAUUCACAAGGUGGAGUAACUGAGACUGAAUGGACAAGUGGAUCUUCCAAAGGCGGACCUCUGCAGGCAUUAACUAGGGAAUCUCCAAGAGGGUCAAGAAGAACUCCAAGGAAAAGGGUGGAAACUUCACAACAUUUUCGUAUAGAUGGUGCAGUAAUUUCAGAGAGUACUCCCAUAGCUGAAACUAUAAUGGCUUCAAGCAACGAAUCCUUAGUUGUCAAUAGGGUGACUGGAAAUUUCAAGCAUGCAACUUCUAUUCUGCCAAUCACUGAAUUCUCAGACAUACCCAGAAGAACACCAAAGAAACCAUUGACGAGAGCUGAAGUGGGAGAAAAAACAGAGGAAAGAAGAGUAGAAAGAGAUAUUCUUAAGGAAAUGUUCCCCUAUGAAGCAUCUACACCAACAGGAAUUAGUGCUAGUUGCCGCAGACCAAUCAAAGGGGCUGCAGGCCGGCCAUUAGAACUCGGUGAUUUCAGGAUGGAGGAAUCUUUCUCAUCUAAAUAUGUUCCUAAGUAUGUUCCUUUGGCAGAUGUCAAAUCAGAAAAGACAAAAAAGGGACGUUCCAUUCCCGUAUGGAUAAAAAUUUUGCUGUUUGUUGUUGUGGCAGUUUUUUUGUUUUUGGUUUAUCAAGCUAUGGAAACCAACCAAGGAAAUCCUUUCUCUCGUUUUCUUCAUGAUGAAAAUAGAAAAUCCACCUGAAUUAUAUCACUUUGGCACAUUCAACUUGGUCUCCUAUUUUUAAUAACUAGAAAAACAUUUGUGUAUAUUUGUUGACUCAAGAACUAAAAAUAAUGUGAUUUCACUUCAAAUUUAAUAUUCCAUGGAAAAGCAAACAAGAUAUCUGAAUGAACUUCAUUUAAAUGUUUUGGACUUUGGACUAGUGGGAGAUCACUUUGUGCCAUAUGGAUAAUCUUUUUUAGCUCUGGAACUUUUUGUAGGCUUUAUUUUUUUAAUGUGGACAUCUUAUUUCAUUUUUGGGAAAAUAUAUUGUUUUGUGUAUUUGGAAAACAAGAAGGGCAAAACAUGGUAGUAUAAUGUGAAAUUACACAUUUAAAUACUUUGAAUUCUUACAGAAAAGAUUAAGAAUUAUUCUCUGCUGAAUAAAAUUUUACAGAGGUGGAACAUUGAAAUUUGGUAAGAGAAAGUAAUUUGGUUGUACUUUUGUAACUGAAACAGUUUGACAGUGUUUAUGAGGGAAAGUACAGCAAUAAUCUCUUCUGUAACUUAUUAAUAGUAAUGUUGCUAUUGUAGCCCUAUCAUACUCACUUUUUAAAAGAUUUCUAAUAUCAUGAAUGUCCUCUUUCAGUAAGACCCAUUUAAAUACAAUUGAUUUUUAGCAGGGAUCUUUUAGGGUGACAUAAUACUUGUUUUAGAGAACUAGCUGGCUGUACAUGUUAGCUAGCUAGAAGGCUAAAAUUGGAAAUUUAUACUUUUUAUUUACAACUGAAGAUUCUGUCAAUCCAAUUUACUACCAGAAUUUUUUUUUUUUAAGAAAAGUAAGUGUGUGUAUGUGUUUUGUUUAAAAGUUAGAAAUUUAAAUACUGGUGUUGUUCCAUUUGGAUUCUUUGUUGCAUUGUCUUCUAUUACCAAAAACAAACUUUUGCCAAGUGUUUUAUUUCCCCAUAUAUUUCCAGCUAUGGUUUGAUUAAAAAGUAAAAAAGUAUUUGCUAUUAAACUACAUACAAGUAGUAGUUAAAGUUGUAAACUUUCAGUGCAAAGUGGGCAUUAUGAUUUUGUAUUCUCUUGAAAUAUGGUUAGCUUUAUCUUUGUGGUUGAUUUAUUUUAACUUUUUAGCUAAAACUUACCUCAUGUAUAACUUGGUUGCAUAAAAUUGUAGGUGAUGGAAAGAAAUUUCAGUAGAAUCAGGUAAAACAUAAAAACUUUAAACUUAAUCAUUUGAUUUGCAACUUUAUCGUCAUUGACCAUAAAGCACACUAAAAACAUAAGUUAUUUUUAAAAUACCAUCCAAAAUAAAAGAUAAUUUUAACAAAGGAAGAAAUUGAAGGUGUAUUUAGACCACCAAACUUUUUGUUUGAACUAGCACUAUUCUGAUUUUUAGAUUUUAGGUAUUUUGUAGACAUUUUUACUCAACUUCUGCAAUUCAGACCAGACACACCUAUAGGUCUGAUUCUGCAAAGGCACUCAUAGAUCUGAAAAGCUUUCCUCUUUGAAUUAAAAUGUUGCUUUGAGAUGAGCCACAGAAGAGGCAUGUUUUACUCAACUUUUCAACUAUCAGGUAAUAUCCAUCUACACUAUUUUUUUUGUUUUCAGACAUUGUUCCCAUAUUGUUUUCAGUUGUUUGGUUAUAAUUAGAAAUUGUGAGGAACUCCAUUUAAUGUUUAAAAAUGUGAGGAGAUAAAUCAGACUUGACAUUUAUGUAAGAUCAGUUCUCUAAUAGGAAAAGUAUGGUCCAAAAUAGCAAAAGGACUGGGUAAAAUGUGUACUCUUUUUUAAAAAAACAAACAUGUAUUUGGUCUUUUGUCUGUGUCUGUUUUAUUCCACUAGAGUAAAUGUGUCCUUGUUGUAAACACAAAGCAUUUCUUCCUGAUUAAAUCAUAGAUGUAGAUUUACAGUAUAAUUCAAUAAUAAAAAAUAAUUAACCUCUAGUUUUGUUGUUGCAAUAUAUGAUUUUUAGAUAGUUCAAACAAUAAGAUUUCUAGGUAAAAUUUCUCGUGUAUUUAUGGAUUGAGUUUUAGUUCUCAUUUCAGUCUAUUCCUAUGUGUGUUACUUCUAAUUACUGUAGUAAUCAGGUCCUCAUUUGUUCAUAAGUAAGCAAUGUACGUCUAUUAUAUCUGCAGAAUGAUGUUAAGUCUCCCAUUUCCUCUCAAUACUAGCCCCAACUUUACUGUUGUUAGAACUUAUCUGUGACACUCUUGCAUUGAGACUAAGCCAAAGUGUCACUGUUGUAUUCAUUGUGGAAUCGUGUUCACAAGAUGAAAGUGCUGUUGUUACAUCUCUGAUUUGUGUCUCCAAUGAUGAUUUUAUUAACAGUGGUUUUUAAGGUAAUAAAUACACUAUAAUUAA